AUGUCGACUAAUAAGUUUUCAAAUUUUUGCUUGUUUCUUUUUGUUUUUUUCCUUUCUACCCAAUUAACGUCAACACUUGUUUGUUUUGAGUGUAACAAUUGUGAUAAUAUAAUAUCAUGCACAUGUAAUAAUACAGUUAGUGUUGAUGUCAAAGCUUCAUAUUGUAUUCUUCUACGAGAAAGUUUACCAAAUGCAGUCGAUAUUGAAAUAAAACAUAUUUCAAGGAAUAGUACAACAUAUUAUAUAUAUGAUCCAUAUUAUAUAUCAGUACAAGAAACGAUUUCUUAUGAUGGAACAAUGCGACGUUGGCACAGUAAAUCAAAUAAAAUAACUUAUGCAUGCCAAACAGAUGGAUGUAAUCGACCUGAUUUAAUAAAACAAUUACCUGCAACAGGUUUAUCAUUAAUGUUACCUAGUGAUUGGCUGGAUGAAAAUCUUCAGCGUAAACCAGACAAAAUCACGACAUUAUGUCGUGACUGUGAAGGUGAAAGUAUAUGUGAUGAUACAACAGAUUUGGUGAAUAUAAAUAAGUGUACGAUAAAAGAAUGUCAAGGUUCAUGUUUUAUGGGUGAAGCAUAUGAAAUAGCUGAAACGACUCAAUUUUGUCAUGAAUCAUUUUGUUCAGAUGAUACGAGCAUUGGUCCGAUAAUACAAUUACCAGAAAUUGGAAUUACUGCUGUCUAUUAUAUAAAUAAAAAACAAUUGGAAGUCGUUGAAAUUGAUGUUAAAUGUAAUGCAGAUAAUUGUAGUCGAUUAGAAAUAUUUAAAGAUAUUAAAGACAAAUUACAAAAAAAUCUUAAUGGUAUUCAACCAUUUUUACCACCAGAGCCAACGGUAACAUCGGAGCCAACGGUAACACGGGAACCAACGAAAACAUCAUCACCAACGCAGCCAACGAAUCAUAGUAAUGCGAUUUAUUUAACAUCAAUUAUAUUUCUAAUGAUGAUAUUUUUACAAACACUGAUUUUUUAUUGA